UAAUAUAAAAAGAUAUAUUGCAAUUAAUUUAAUUUUAUUUGACAAAUUGUGUAUUAUGAUCAGAAUGAAAUAUUUGACAGUCUCCUCUCAUUUUCUCUCGUUCGUUCACUCGCUCGCUCUUUCUCCAUGUAACUUCAGUUCCCUUAAAAUCCAUUUUCCCAAGAACUUCAAGCUCUGUCCAGUUAUUUCCUUAUCCUUCGUGAUUUACAUGAGUUCCGCGUUAUAAGACGCAGAUCACGUGAGCACGAUUCAGGGCCUGUGUAUAUUGAGACGAAUCUACCACAAAUGCAACAUUUUAUAUUUGUUACCAACCCGUAUGUAUAAAUUUAACAAAAAAAAUACCGUUAGUUUUAGCAUUAUAGCAGUAAGAUGUUUUUUUUUUUAUUCCAUUGGUAACAUAUUCGCAUGUUUUACAUUUUUUUAAAUUGAUAUGUUACCCCAGACGAUGACUGUCCCUGACAUAAUCUGUAGCCCAAAGUUCCUACAGGUACAUACAACAUAUAUAUAUGUAUAAAUAUAUAUAUAUAUAUAUAUAUUUUUCCCAAUUACAAAGCAAACCAAAAUAAAGUUUUUAAUCGUAUUCUCUCGCCUAUGUCAUUUUAUUGUACCGAGAUUAAAAUAGCUAAAUAGUAUGCAAUUACGGAAAAAAGCGUCAGCAAUGUUAUAAAUUAGUUGCAUUUCCACUCGAAAAGGCUUUCAAUUUCUUUUUUAUCUCUUACAAUUAAUUAUUCUAAAUAUAGACACUUUGCAAAAUAUUAAAAUAUAUUGUUGGUAAAGUAGGGUGCCUGUAAUUUUUCAUUCAUCAUUCAUCAUUCAUCUUCUCGCAGUUCUCGUUUCUCGUUUGAAGUACGCAGACACAACACUACACAGUGACAUAACCUCAACCUCAACGUGAUUGUUUUCACGGUGUGCCCAGUAAAUGGUUUUUAUAUUUGGACGAUCAUGAGAAACGGAUUAUUAUUAAUGAAACAUAGCUCUCGCGUUAAUCAUUGAAGAGCGGCUGCAGGAUUUCUUUCACAAAUCACGAUGUCCAUUCCACUUCUGCACGUUAGCCGGUCGUUGACGACCGCCGCGAGGUCCAAGCGGCGUGUCGUCGUGACCGGGAUAGGGACCGUGUGCCCCUUGGGAGUCGGGACGCGAAACGCUUGGGAGGCUCUCGUCGGCUCCAAGUGCGGAAUCACGCGACUCUCCGAGCCGGACUACGACAAGCUACCGUGUAAAGUAGCUGCACCGGUGCCGAAAGGAAACUCCUCUCACGAGCUCAACAUUGACUCCCACUUUACGAAGAGCGAGCUACGCACAAUGUGUUCCGCCACCGCAUUUGCGCUGAUAGCUUCGGAGGAGGCACUCGUGGACGCGAGAUGGAAACCAACCGAUGAAGCUGAUAAGCGCGACACUGGGGUCUCGGUAGGGAUCGGCAUGAUAGACCUGGUGGACGUGUGCAUGACGUAUGAAGCUCUGAAAAAGGGAUACAGCAAAGUCAGUCCGUAUUUUGUGCCAAGGAUAUUGCCGAAUAUGGCAGCUGGUCAGAUCAGCAUCAAGUAUGGCUUCCGUGGACCUAAUCGUUCGGUGUCAACUGCGUGUGCGACAGGCGCGGAUGCUAUUGGCGAUGCGUUCCGCUUUAUUCGCGGUGGCGAGACAAGCGUGAUGGUAUGCGGCGGGGCGGAGGCGUGUAUCAGUCCAUUGGCCAUCGCCGCGUUCUGCCGGUUACGUGCGCUGAGCACAUCGAGAAACGAUAUGCCGCGAGAGGCGUCACGACCCUUCGACCGCGAUCGCGAUGGUUUCGUCAUGGGCGAGGGCGCCGCUAUAUUGGUUCUGGAGGAGCUAAACCACGCGCUCGCCCGAGAUGCAAACAUCUACGCCGAGGUGUUGGGCUACGGUCUGUCUGGCGAUGCAUCGCACAUAACGGCGCCCAGCGAGGACGGCACCGGUGCGCUAUUGGCAAUGGACCGGGCACUGAAGGACGCCGGUAUCGAGACCUCGGAAGUGACGCAUGUAAACGCACACGCAACGUCCACGCCGCUGGGCGAUGCGAUCGAGGUGAAGGCAAUCGAAUCGCUGAUGGGCGAACACAGCAAAAAUGUGACGGUAACGAGCACGAAGGGGGCGCACGGUCAUCUCCUGGGUUCCGCCGGUAAUCUGGAGGCUGUCUUCACGAUCCUGGCAAUCAAGGAGGGCGUCAUACCGCCUACAUUGAAUCUGCACAACUUGGAUAUGGAGACGUGUUUGCGAUUUGCGCCGCAUACGAAAGUUAAGUGGAACGCGACGACGGCGCGUCGAACGGCCCUGAAAAACGCGUUCGGCUUCGGUGGAACGAACGCAUGCUUGUGCUUCACGCAAUACGUCAACUGAGUCCGAAAAGAACCUCUUAAUGUGUAUUCCUAUCUCUUCGGUGAGAGAAUAUCGUACUCACUUUUUGAAAUGCUUGUAAAAGGAUUUCAAGAAUGAACUUUGAAAGGUGGAGAUCUACGAAAUUGGUGGAGAACGAAAGUUAUCAUUUAAGCGGGCUAUACAUACAGAGAUAUGUAUCAAUAAAUGAUAUCGUGAUACCAUCUAUUGAUACAUAUCUCUGUGUGUGUGUAGCCCGCUUUAAGAAGAUGAAAGAGUGUUUUACAAUAUUUUAUCACAUCUCAUGGUCUGGAAAAAAUAAAGUGUGUGUCCCCCUAAAGAUGUGAAUGUCCAAGAGGAAAAAGAGAAAAGAUGUCAAUUAAUCAGGUUUGGAAUUUACGAAAAACAUAACACUAAUAGAAUUAAUUACUAGUCAUUCCUUGAAACGCAUUGACUGAAGUGAAGAAAUAUUCAAGGAGAAACACGUAGAAUCCUAGGAAGCAGAUGAUCUAUGGAUCCUUUGAUAUUUCGGGUUUAAUUAAUAAAAAUGGAAACGCUACUCCU